AUGGCAUCUGGAUUACAGAACCCACCUUCGACUUGGGAACUCGUUUCCGGGCAGUAUUAUCGGAAGUUCACAGUGUUUACACCGUCGUGGACUCAGGAUGAGGACUUCGAUUUGGAUGACUACCUAGUAGCUGGGGCGCCUUUUGGUGGCGCGAUUGCACUGUGGAAAGACCCCCGAAAGUUCCAUGCCUACCAGGGCGGCCAGGCUGCAAAGCCCAAUAUUAUGAUCUGCAACCUUGCAGGUGCCUUAUUACGUCGAAUAACGUGGGAUAGGGGUGCAAUACAAUCUAUAGGCUGGUCGGACGACGAGCACCUACUUGUUGUAACGACAGAUGGAUCUGUUCGGUGCUAUUAUGACCUGCAGGGGAACUUUACCCAGUUCUCGCUGGGAGCGGAUGCUGAAGAACAUGGGGUGGUAUCAUGUCGAUUCUGGGGUACUGGAUUCGUAGCACUACUCUCAAAUAAUGUCUUCGUCGCAGUUAAUCGAUACGACGAACCUCGGCCGCGCCCUCUCGCCCUUCCGAAGCUGCCAUCUCCUGAAUCGAAAAUACAUUCUUGGGCUCUGAUACCGCCAAAUUAUUCAGACUCUCGGCAUGUGGAGGUUAUCAUGGCAACAGACCAAACUAUCUUAAUAGUCGAUGCGACUGAGUCUCAGGACCAAAUUUUGCAAAAUGGCCCUUUCCAUCACAUCAGUGUUAGCCCGAACGGUAGUUACGUAGCGCUUUACACGGGGGAUGGGAAGGUUUGGGUUAUUGAUGUGAAAUUUCAACAGAAGCUUAGUGAAUAUGACUCUGGCAAGCUAGAUGAAAUCCCGUUGGAUGUCCAAUGGUGCGGUAUAGACAGUGUGGUGCUGGUCUGGGAAGACGAGGUACACAUGGUUGGACCCGCUGGGGCAGCGUUAAGAUGGUAUUAUGAUAGUCGGGUGAAUUUAGUCCCCGAGAUGGAUGGUAUCAGAAUGAUAACAACGGAGAAGUGUGAAUUUCUACAGCGCGUUCCAGAUGUGACGAAGUCAAUUUUUGAGUUCGGUUCUUCGUCGCCACCAGCUGGAUUGUUGGAGGCGGUUGGUCACCUCGAGCGCAAGUCACCGAAGGCGGACGACGCAAUACAGCUUAUCCGGCCUAGUCUGCCAGAAGCUGUCGCUGCAUGUGUCCAGGCUGCGGGGCAUGAGUUUGAUGUCGACUGGCAGAAGCAAUUGCUUAAGGCAGCAUCCUUUGGAAAGUCUGUACUUGAACUGUACAAUAGCGACGAUUUUGUGGAGAUGUGCAAAAAACUCAGAGUCCUGAAUGCUGUCAGGUUCUACGAAAUCGGAUUCGGUAUCACGGCAGACCAACUUGAGAGGUUAACACCGGAUAAAUUGAUAGAGCGUCUUGUGGCACGGCAGGAGCAUUUAUUGGCACUGAGGAUCUCGGACUAUCUCAAUCUUCCGACGGACAAGAUAUAUAUCCACUGGGCAUGCAUGAAGGUUAAACUUUCCCUGGAUGACGAGGACACCAUAUGCAGAACUAUUGUCAUGAAACUCUCUGGCAAACGAGGUAUUGCGUUCGAUGAAAUCGCGAAGUCGGCAUUCGAGGAAGGAAGGGGACGGCUUGCUACCCAACUCCUUAACUAUGAGCCACGAGCGGGACGGCAAGUACCACUUUUGAUGAGUAUGGAAGAAGACGAAAUUGCUUUGGACAAAGCUAUCGAGAGCAUGGAUUCGGACUUGGUGUUUUAUGUUUUACUUCAUUUGAAGAAGAAACUUCCUAUCGCAACAUUCUUUAGGAUCAUCAACGAUCGUCCUUUAGCGUAUAGCCUGAUCGAAACUUCUGCUCGGAAUAUUGAUACAGAACUCUUGAAAGAUCUAUACUACCAGGAUGACCGAAAGUCCGACGGUGCUAAUGUGAUAUUGAAGGAGUCUUUGAUGCAAGAGAAUUUCACGACACGGAUCGAUAAAUUAAAGCUAGCAAGCAAGCUUUUGAAGGACUCGAAGGAACAUGCACUAGAUUCCUCUGCACUCGAGGAAAGCAUCAAACUCCUUACGAUGCAAGAGUCACUCGAGCGUGACGUCUUCGAGGAAACAUUCGUCGGUCUUUCUCUCAACGACACAAUAUUUAAGCUCACACGACUCGGCUUCCAUCCCCGAGCUAAUAAGAUCAGGAGCGAAUUCAAAAUGCCCGACAAACGUUUCUGGUGGAUCAAACUUCGCGGUCUGGUGGCAAAGAGGGAAUGGGCGGAAAUAGAAGAGUGGAGUAAGCUAAAGACAUCGCCAAUUGGAUGGGAGCCUUUCUUCAACGAAUGUCUAUCAGCAGGGAAUACCAAGGUUGCGUCGAUAUUUAUUCCCAAAUGCAAAAACCUAGGAUACGCUGAGAGGGUCAAUAUGUGGGUUCAGUGCGGGAUGAUUGUCAAAGCGGGAGAAGAGGCUCUGCUGGCGAAGGAUUACAGUUCCCUUGAAGGACUUUUACCAAAGGCUACAGGCGCAGCAGUGCCAGAAAUUCAGAAGAUGAUGCAGAAACUCCGCCCAGGAAGGUGA